AUGGUUCUUAAUGCAAUGGGAUAUGAUGAGAGUGAUGGGAAAAUUACAUUUGAUAAGGACAAGAAUAGAAUCUGCUUUAGUCCACCUCACGAUCCUUUACUCCCAAGGAAAAUCAAUGCCUUUCAGAAACUCACUAAGAAAUUAGGAGGGAUACUUUUCAUGUCAAGGUACCGAAGCACAUCAGUUCAUCUUUUAGGUGGUUGCAAUGCAUCAUCUGACUUUUCAUGUGGUGUUUGUAACCCAAGUGGUCAGGUUUUUGACCCAGAAGGUCCAGCCACUGUACACGCUGGCCUCUAUGUCUGUGAUGCUUCUUUAAUCCCCUGCUCUGUUGGCAUAAAUCCAUCUCUUACAAUUGCAACUGUGGCUGAGUACGCAAGUAGGCACCUUGUGAGGGAUGUUCUCACGUACAAGAGCAAUGAGGGUAUUGAAAUUCCUGUUAAAGCUGUUGAUCAAAAUCCACAUUCCAUCUCUGAUAAGAAUAUAGAGAGUGAUUGGAGAUCAACGGUCACUUUUAAUGAAACCAUGGAGGGUUAUGUAGGGGGUAUGCCUUGCAAAGCCUAUCUGAAAGUGAAGAUGAACUCUCAAGAUCAGAAGGGGAAAUUGGGUGUCAAAGAAUUUCAUCCUCUUUUAAGAGGGAGAGUUGGUGGAUAUGUGGAAUUUAUAGCCAUUGAGAAGGAUAAAUUACAUAUUAUAGAUGGGGAAAUAAAUUUGUGUAAAGUAGAAUGCAGAACUCCUUACACACAGUAUAUGCAUUAUCAGCUUCUCCUUGCUGCUUCUUCUGGUUCAAGAUAUAUUCUUGAGGGAAGGAAGAUAAUGAAUCCUUAUCUCCUUGGAUUAUAUGCUUGGAGGGAGACAACAACUCUGCAUGUGACAUUUAAAAAAGUUGUUGAGAACAAUUCAAGGGAAGACACGGUGAAUCUAAGAGGCGAGCUCUGUAUCUCCAUGGUACAGCUUUUGAAGAGCAUCUUAAGCCUUGAAGGAAACGAGAGAGGGAGGUUCAUACGUCAUCUAUUGCACACUUUCCUAAGAACCUAUUUUUUACAGAUACCACGAGGGAGUCACAAGGACUUCACCCUAUCAGAUUCAUAUGUUAAACCUUAUCCAAGCAGCACCCUCCAUGAAAUACAAACAGAAGAUGGAUUUUUUAUCAGUUGCAGGCAAUGGAAAUGCACCCAAAUUCCAUCAAGGCUUGAAGGACCAAAACAACUAAAUCCAGUUCUCCUUCUUAAUGGUCAUUCUGCUGAGAGUUACUGGUUGCCAACAGAACCAAAUGAUUUAGUCAGAACUUUACUAGAAGAAGGGCAUGAAACAUGGCUACUGCAACCAAGGUUGCACCCUUUGAAUCCUUCAAAGGACUUCACAAUUGAAGAUAUUGGAAGAUUUGAUGUCCCAGCUGCAAUUAAUAAGAUCCUUGAAUUGCAUGGGCAGCAUACAACAAUACAUGUAGUUGCACAUUGUGUUGGAGGCUUAGCCAUACACAUAGCUCUCAUGGGGGGGCAUGUCUCUGCAACCCAUAUAGCUUCCCUGUCUUGCACCAAUUCUUCGAUGUUCUUCAAGCUUAAUGCUUCAUCAAUGUUCAAAAUGUGGCUUCCUCUGGUCCCGCUUUCCAUGGUUAUCCUAGGCAAGAACAAUAUCCUGCCUCUGUUGGAAACAUCAAAGUGCAGUUUCCGACAUCGGCUCUUGAAAUUUAUUGCCUGUUUGAUACCAAGGUAUGAGAGAUGCACCUGCAAUGAGUGUGAGGUUUUUGCUGGUAUAUUUGGAAGCGCAUUCUGGCAUGGAAAUGUAAGCCCCAGCAUGCACUACUGGUUAAGCAAAGAAAGCACUUUGACAAGGCUUCCCAUGGCAGCAUUUCCCCACAUCAGAAAAAUAUGCAAAGCCGGUUUCAUUGUAGACAGUAAUGGCAACAACAAAUAUUUGAUCCAUCAUGAGAGAAUGGCGCUCCCUACGCUUUAUAUUUCAGGCGGGCGGAGUCUCCUUGUGACUCCAAAGACUUCAUUUCUUGCUAACAAGUAUAUGAAGUUACACCAGCCUGGCUUUAGACAUGAGAGAGUUGUUGUGGAGGGUUUUGGGCAUUCUGACCUUUUGAUUGGUGACGAGUCAGAUAAGAAGGUUUUUCCUCACAUUUUGUCUCAUAUCAGAUCAGCUGAAGGAGGAAAUGGUGCAAUCAGAGCUCCGGGAAGGAAGUACACUAAAGAGGCAGCCUUGGAGUGGGAAGACGAUCAAUAUGAUGAAUAUGGGGGAUUUGACAGUUGGUUUUCUCCUUUAGUUGUUGUGUUGUUGUUUCUCUUGUUGUUUCUCAUGAUAGUUUUAUAGAAUAACGUUAAAAUCACAUUUUUAUUAUACAAUACAACAAUUACAUGACAUCGUCAAUUAGUCCCUUAAAUUUACAAGAAUGAGUUCAAGGGCUGAUUGACAUUAUAGCAUCAACACAGUAAAAUAGUGAUAGAAUAAAAGUGUAGUUUCUAGCAUUACUCUAAUAUCAUUAUAUUUGUAAUUUGUUGCAAUGGUUUGUGAA